AUAAUCCAGUAGAUGCCUCUAAUUCACCAGACACUAAGGUCUAUCCACGUCCGAUUGCUUUGGUUUCACCAACUAGACAAUCGCUACUUUUUCAGCCCAGAAUGAUACCAUUUCAUGCAGGGCAACAAGUUUAUACAAGCCUAUCUGCGCCUUGCCUUACUCAAGCKAGUGUAUUUUACUCUACACACUACAUACCCCCUUCCCAUCUUGCRAUUGCACCUCCUCGAGGAGGCUAUGUGGGAGGCAUGCCUCCUUUAAUGCCAAUGCAGGGUAAUUCAUCAAGACCAAGRGUKGUCCAACUAUCUCARCGKAAGAGAAAGUCCUCAAAUGACUCGGAGRUUUCUGAAGGAGAGGUYUCCAGGCAUUCUAGAAGCUCUGUAGGGAGUCCAGAGGAGCUUAUUGUCAAGCCAGAGGAAUCAUCGAUGGAAUACAAUGAUAUAAGCCCUCCUGCUACUCCAUUAUCAUCAGUGUCUUCKCCAGGGCAAAAGAUGGUCAAUUCGCCACAGUCCCCUUCAGUAGGUUCAUCACAAAUUAAUGACAUUUGCGGGAUUUGCGGCGAUAAAGCYACAGGACACCAUUAUGGUGUGUCAAGCUGCGAGGGUUGUAAAGGAUUUUUUAAGAGGAGUGUUCAAAAUAAGAAGGUUUAUACAUGUCGGAACUUGACAAAGGACUGUCCAAUGGACAAGAGACAUAGAAACAGGUGUCAGUACUGCAGGUUUCAAAAGUGUUUGAAUGCUGGCAUGAUUAAAGAAGCUGUUCGAGAAGAUAGAGCCCCAGGUGGCKGACACAAGAAUUCCAUUAGUUCUCCAACCAUCCCCAAGACAGAGCCUGUUCCGUGCAAGCAGCCAAGAAGAAGUUCAUCUUUGACAUCUCCUGAACCUCCCAAGGCAUCUGCAUCAAACAUUUUACCCGCAGUAAUUGAACAAGUAGUAAACUGUGAUUUCACUAAUGAAUUUAAUGAAGAAACUUGCGUGGGAUGCAAAGAGACAGAGAUAAAAGAAAAGACUUUAGCUCAUGUAACUCAACUAGCAGAGCUCCAGGUCAUACGUAGUGAAAAAUGGUUUGAACAACUGCCUCUAUUAUCGGAUGUAUCCAAAAAUGAUCGAGAUCUUCUUAUUAAGAAUUCCUGGGUGGAGCUAAUGCUGGCAAAUCUGAUCAGGGAGUCACAGGAUCUUGAUAACAGAGCAAUGCUCUGCAGAAAGCAAAUCUUGGACUUUGACACGGCGCAGACGACAGGAAUUGGUGACAUUAUGCAGCGGGUCACACAAAUGGCUGCAAAUUUCCGAGAAUUUGAUAUGGACAAUGUGGAAUUUGUGUGUAUGAAAAUCAUUGUUCUUUUAAAUCCAGAUGUUGUUGGACUUGAAAAUCAAGAAUUGAUAGAACAACUACAAGAUAAAUUCCAUACUGCCCUGCAAUGCUACAUACGUUCAAAAUCACUUAAGGAUUCCAAUCGAUUUGGCAACAUUUUGUUGCGACUGCCWGAGUUGCGCUCCAUUGGRACAAAGAGUUUAGAACGUCUUUUCAUGUUGAAAUUCACUGGACAAAUCCAUCCUGGUGAGAAUCUGUCAGAUUUGUUGCACUCGGCKAAGCGGUAGACCAUGGUUAUCAAAGAAGAAAUCAUCAAGUACUUUUUGUUGGUGAAAAUUUUCARUCUUACAAGGAUUGCUCACGGAAUUCUUUGAUUAUUGCCUAGUAAUGUAUUAGUAACUGAUCAAAAUGGAAAUUKUCUCAAGUCAGCUUCUUUUUUAGUGAUUCAUGGGAUACUUUUCAAUAGGUACUGCUACAAUYGGUAUAAUGCUUACCAUUUUUAGGUUUCAAAUUGUAGGGAGAAUUGGUKRUUUUGGUCUUUUUAGGAAAAAUGGUAAAGGCUACAGCCUCUAAAAUAUUUGUACUGGACUGGAAAACUCUUGUAAUAUGAUUGACCAUGCAUAGUAAUUACUUUCUUCAUAUUGUGCAUGCUUAUUAAUGGUUACAAUACCAAAAAAGUGUAAUUUUGCGAGCAGAAACUGUUGCAUUAGACUUCAAAGCUCAAAAGAAAUAGUUGGGAUCUGUUUUUUUUAGACUUUGAGGGCAGAGGUUACCYCAAACUAACUAAUGACUGAAUGAUUUUCKAAAGCUCUGCCCUUAAGAUCRCAGAAAACAAAAAAUCCAAUCAAACUUCAAAARGAAGAAGUCUCCAUGCAGCCAUUUUUGAUGUAAGUUUUUCUUUUURGUUYCUUCUGCUGCACUAAAUUAUAAUACCUCAGAAUUKUCUUUGUUUAUAGGCGAUACCCUUGUUUUUAGAAACACCUUAACCUUUUUUCUGGACUACGUGCCAUUUUUCAUUAAGUAUUUUGUCUUAAAGAUUGAUGGUGUUUGUGUGAUGAUUGAUAGCUCAAUAACACAAACACGCAAGRGUGRAAAACYUUUUCAUUUUGAUGGUCACUUUUUACAAGAGGUUCUUCAGUAAUAUAUGGAAUAUAAUAUUGUAAUACUUGCUCUCAAAAAGAUAGCAACUAAAUAUACUGAUAYUACCUCCUUGAAAAAGUUCAGUCUAUUCUGUCAUGUAUUUGUAAAGUGGUGCUUCUUGGCUGUGUUUUGUGCUGUUGUGCUGAAACUUGCCUCAAUUUCUCAUGGUAUUUUCACCAUGUUUAAUACAGUGCAAAGCAGUGCGAAACUCGUCUCUUAUUAUGAUCAUUUACUCAAGUUUGACAAGAACGUUUUGGUAUGUAACAGUAUCUUAAAUGAAAGUAACAGCAGCCAAUUUUGAUUUUCAUCUUUUUGAGGGCUUGUAAUGAGCUAAACACAAUAAAUUAUUGUGUUGCUCAAUUGAAAAUUAACCUUUUUUGUAUCAAUAUAAUAUAAAACUAUUACAAAUAGUGAACUUUUCUCUUGUGUUGCAAAUGUAUACAAAAAAUUCAGAUAGUGUGUAAACAUUGAACCGUGUAAUUGCUCAUUAUGUACUAAGGAAAACAAUGAAUUCAGUGCUUGAUUUAUAAGUGUCUUAGUCGGCCGAAGAAGCAU